AUGGAUGUAAACACAGAAUUAAAACAACUAGAUUUAAAAGUAUUAAUGAAAAAGUUUUUAAGUGAUGAAAAAGAAAAUAUAAAAUUAGAAAAAAAAAAUGAUAAAGAUAUUAUAAUUUUUGAAAAAAAUAAUUUUUAUAUAUAUAGUGAUGUUAUAUGUGGAAUUGAAAAUCGUAAAAAAGAAAAAUAUAAUGUAGGUGAUAUAUAUUUAUUUCUAUGCUUACCAAAAAGUAAUUACACAUUCUCUUAUAUAAAUUCAAUUGGAUAUAAAUAUAUAAGUAUAUUAGAACGAAAUAAAAUUAUUAAAAAAAUAGAAGAUCAAAAUAAUGAUGAUGAAGAAGACCAAAUUAAAGUUAACUUUUUUAUUUAUGACAAAACAAAUACUAUUAAUUUAAAUUAUUCUCUUCAUAUAGAACAAGAAGAUAUUAUUCAAUCCAACCUAUUUGCUAACACAAAUAUUAAUGACAUAAUAGGUGAUAUUGAUAGUGAAAAUGAAAACUGGGGGAAUAUAAGAAAACGUAAAUAUGCAGAUGAAGAAACAAACCAAUUACUAAACACAAACCAAGACGAUACUCAUAUUUUUCCAUCUAAAAAAAAUAAAAUAAAAACAGAUGAAAACGAUAUAACACAAAUCUCUAGUUUAAAUAAUGCACAAAAUAAAACAAAUCAUAUUUUAUAUUCCAAAGACACAAGUAAUAAUAAUCAACACAAUGAAUCAAACAUUAGAUUAAUUUCGUUCAAUAAUACAAAUAAAAUAUGUAAUAUUGAUAAAAUUUAUAAGUCACAAAUUUUUUACAUCAAAAGUGGGUGUCAUAAUAUCACUAAAGAGGUACAUAAAAAAAAUAAAAUUAAAAAAUUAAAUAAAAAUAUAAAAUACAAUUAUAUAGAGGAAGAUAUCCCAUCAAUAAGAUAUGAUGAAUUAUUUUAUUUCAACUCAAACGAAAUUAAUUUAGAUGAAAACCACAUAAAUAAUAUUAGCGCCAAUUUUAGGUUCCUAAAGAGGAGAGCACAAAUAUGUAACCAACCACAAUUAGAUAAUGUAGAACCCGGCUCGGAAAAUGAGCAAAACGAGCAAAGUGGUAACCCCAUUUUGAAGCACUACUACGAGCAUAACAUUUUUAAAAAUGUUUUUUUUCUUAACUUUAAUUUGUACUCCCUUUUAAAUAAUACUUAUGUCACAAACUCACCAAAAGACAAUCACAUUUUUAGUAACCUACAAAUUUUAAUUAACAAAUUUUUUGAAGAAUACAUAAAAUAUUUAAAAAAAAAUAAUACAAUAAAUUUAAAUGAUAAUAAAAGUGACAUUAUUCAAUUUGAAUUAAAUUUAAACGAUAUAGAACCUGAGAUAAAUCCACAAACAGGUGGCAAUAUAAACAGUUUUGAUAAUAAGGCUAAUGAUUAUUUUACAAGUUUAGACACUGAAAAUCAACAACGUUAUAUGUCUAUAAACAAUUUAAAUUAUAUUCGUAAUACAGUUUUACCACCCUAUUUACAAAAUGAUAAAAUAAAUUAUUUUAAAUAUUCAUCGUCUCCUAUAGAAACAAUUGAAAAGUUUAAUAGUCACGAUAAAUUAAUAUUUUUUCAUAGCAUUCUAAAUAUGUAUAUAUAUUCUUUAUAUGAUAAAGUUUUUUAUGACCAAAAUAAAAAUUAUGUUAAUUUUUUCCACACAUUUUUAAGUGAAUUUUCAUUUGAAGAUAAUCUUAUUAAAUUAAGUGCACAUAACCAGGAUAAUUUUUCAGAGGUAGAGGCCGACUCAACUUGUUCGGACACAGCAUUAAGUGAUGAUCUUGAAACAGACAAUACAGUUUUGGAUAGUAGUAUAGACCCUAGCCAAUCCAAAUUUUAUUUUCUUGAAAAUGAUAGUGUAAAGGUUAGUGAAAAAAUGGAUAGUAAGAUAUUCGAAACUUUAAGUGAAAAUAAAUAUAAUAAAGGAAAUAUUGAACUUAUUAAAUCUACACAAAUCAAAGAAAUAAAAUUUAAAGAUUCAUAUGAUAUUGUUGGAAAUAAUUCAUGUGAUUUUCGACGAAUAUAUAAUUUUUUUAAAAACGAACUUUUAGAUAAAAGUAAUAUAAAAAAUGUUUAUAUCAAUGGUAUUAGAAAAAAUAUAAUAAUUGAUAAUGAAGAUGAAAAUAUAAAACAUAAAAAAGUUUUAAAAAUUAUUGAUGAAAUACAUUUAACUUAUAAAAGAAGACCCAUCAUAUUAAUCGAAAGUAGUUCCACAAAUAAUAACAUAAUAAAUAGAAACAAUAUUGAUUCUUUUUUUUUACAUAAUAAUUUAGAUGAGCCAUCAAAAGGUGAAAAACAAAAUAAUACCACUUUACCGAUAAAAACAAAUAACUAUGAUGGAGUAUCAAUAAUUUACAACAUGUUCAAUAAAAAUAUAAAAUUCUUAUUUAUAGAAAAUGAUAAAAUUGAUACUUUGUCUGAAACAGAUUGGAAAUGUGUAAUAGCUGUUAUUGUUAAAUCAAAAAUUUCUUUAAAAAAUAUUUUAAAUAAAUAUCCCUAUGAAAUAUCAACAACUUUAUUUCAACCUUUUAAAACAUUUGCAUUCAUGUAUAGUGAUGAAACAAUUCCAUCCGAUUUAUUGACAGGAACUAAUGUCGAUAUUAUUCAAUUAAGUCGUAAUAAUAGAAAAGAUGAUUAUCUUGCUACUAAAAAGUUUUGGACUAAUGUUGAAAAGUUUAUCUUACAACGUCGAGAUAAAAAUUUUUAUAAAAAAAAAAAUUUAUAA